AUGGGACCGUCAACGCAUAAGUUUGCGAUUCCAGGAGGGGAUUGCUGUUCUAGUUAUGUGACUGAUUAUGUGAAUUGCAAAGGUGAUUGGGAGUGGGGUCGGAUUGUGCCUUACAUCGAUCACCAAACGAUGAUCAAUAUAGCGUCCGCUUCUCCUCCUUCUGCGGGUUCCAACCCGGAUAUCUGCUUAUGGCGUGACAAGGCGAAUGGCAUUUGCUCGGCGGCUUUAGCUUAUGACAGAAUCACGGGCGGAUCUUGGAAACCGAAGGACAAGAAGUGGAAGAAUGUUUGGAAAAUUCGGGGGGUGGUUCAGAGAAGUACAUGCAGGGCUAAAUGGUACAACAACGUCGCUAAUGACCCGGAUAUUUCCUAUCGGCCUUCCUAUCAGACUGUUACUUGGUCGAGACCUCCCCAUGGAGUGCUGAAGAUUAAUACCGACGGAGCACCGAUUAAAUCGAGUGCCAUGGCUUCCGCAGGGGAAGUUGUACGCGAUGACAAAGGAGAUUGGAUUUCGGGUUUCUCACGAAGCCUUGGGGUCGCUACUGUUCUUCAUUCCGAGCUCUGGGCCAUUCUUGAUGGGUUGAAUCUUGCUUGGGAUCGAGGUUUCAGGAAAAUAAUUCUAGAGAGUGAUAGUAAAGAAGCAAUUGAUAUUAUCAACAAUGGUAGUGAUUUCCUCUCCACUUUGGCACUGGUAAUAAUUGAUGAGAGUUCAUUUUGCUCCUAUUUUAGUAUUCAGGUAUAAAUUUAUUCAAUUUUUUCAAAGUAGAAAAAUAAAAAUACAAUUUAAGGUAUAAUGCAGUGGUACAGAA